AUGGCUGUUUUAUUUAGGAUUUUUGCGUCAAUUUUCAUAAUAACAAAAAUAGCACAAGGUGAAUGCUCGAUUAGCCAAGCUUUCUUGCGCAUAAAUAAGGAAAAAUAUUUGGCAAAUCAAGUCAUCGAAAUAAAACAAGCAAAGACCGAGUUAGAGUGUCUUAUGCACUGCCUUGGAGAAAGAUCGUGUGCGUCAGUAAAUUAUAAAACGUCUGGAAUCAAUAAAGGUCUAUGCGAGCUGAACAGUAAGACACUACAAGAAGCAUCAGAUGCUGAUGGAAGUAUACAUAACCCUGAGUUCAACCAUAUUUAUAUAGACAAAAAGGUAAAAAGAAUAUACGAAUAAUAUAAGAUUAGAAGACAAACUUGCAUGAAUUACAUCAAACUUGCAUGAAUUACUUCACUUCGUAACGGGGCCAGAGUGCUUAUAUAUAUAUAUAUAUAUAUAUAUAUAUAUAUAUAUAUAUAUAUAUAUAUAUAUAUAUAUAUAUAUAUAAAAAGACAUAAAAAAUAUAUAUACUGUAUAUAUAUAUAUAUAUAUAUAUAUAUAUAUAUAUAUAUAUAUAUAUAUAUAUAUAUAUAUAUAUAUAUAUAUAUAUAUAUAUGUAAUAUAUAUAUAUAUAUAUAUAUAUAUAUAUAUAUUUUAUAAUUAUACGUCAUUUUGUUGAUAAAUACGACAAGCGCCUUGUAAAGCUCAUUGUAUUUAUUUAUUUAUUUAUUUAUUGUGCUUCGCUUCCAAACAUUAUACAAUAAUGGCAUUAAAGAAGCUGGGACACCACAACAGCUUACUCACUAGCUUCCCAAAAAACUUCAUUUAUAUAAAACUUCAAGUUAGAAAUAAAUUUUAUUAAAUUUCAAACAAAUACAUAAAUACGUUUCGGGGCACAGCCCCUUCGUCCCGAAACGUAUUUAUGUAUUUAUUUAAAAUUUAAUAAAAUUUAUUUCUAACUUGAAGUUUUAUAUAAAUGAAGUUUUUUGGGAAGCUAGUGAGUAAGCUGUUGUGGUGUCCCAGCUUCUUUAAUUUUAGCGCCAGAUGUACCAGAGAACGUUAAAGUACAUACUAUGGGCAUAUUAGGCUUUCGCAAAUUUCGCGCGCAUCUGACUUUAGUGAACUUUUCUAACUGUGAACUUUUUUCUGAUACACCCUGCAUAUUGAGAAAGCUCAAUAGACGGCAUGGUCGGAUUGUGAGGGGAGGUGCGCAUCGUCUUGCAACUCCGCUGAAAAAUCGUGAAUGUUCCCUUGGGAAAGGUAAUUAAAACGAUAGAUCAAAGUUUGUCAUUUUUUAUGUGUUACUUAGUGGAUUUUUUAAUUUGUGAAAAAGUUUUAAUGAAAACAGCAAUAACCAUUCAUCUAUGAAUACAUAAGUAUACAAUUUUGAUACAAUAUUUCAAAAGAAACUUUGAAGUAAUGGGAAAUAAUGAAGACCAACAUUGAAGAGUUGUACGUAUAGAGUUAUAUUUCAGAAAUACAUUGAUGCAUAUGUGCAGUACAUGCGUAACGCAGCAUAUUUCCCGCGCAGGUGGGGAGGAGGACGUUAUACACCCUAAUUUUCCAUAGAUAGAGACCUUGAGCUAAACCGUUGCAUCUUCUCUAAAGCUGUUCCACAUCCUGCACCAUGUCCACCAUAAUGCACGCCGGGAACGAUAUAGAGUGCAUAAAAGAGAGCUUACUUGAGUGGGGGAACCUUAUUGGAUUUACAGUAAAUAUUUUUAAAGUUUGAAAAAUUUUCCAUUUUAGGAACCCUCACCACCCGUCUCCUUACCACCAAUCUCCUGCAAAGAUAUUCUGACAAAAUCAGCAGGGGCUACAAGCGGACUUUAUGAUGUCUCUGUUGACAACAAAAUAGUGACAGUGUACUGUGAAAUGAUUCUUCAUGGUGGAGGCUUCACCUUUAUCCCCAAGUCGGCUGUCAAGAACGGAACUCUGUCCAACUUUGUAUCACAACUUUUCACAAACCACUCUGAAGUUCUUCUGUACAUUUUAAAGAAAGAUGGUAGUCAGACCUACACCCACAUCCAACAACUGAAAGAGAAAUCGCAAACGCCUUUAGUAGUCCUGCAGAAUACAAACUCAGGUUAGUUCGUGUAAAUAGGAUUACGACAGCUGCAUUGCUAAUGAUGUUAGUUAAUUUGUGCUGACGACCGAUUUGAAAAGGAAAAUGGGUUGCUAAAUGCAAAAAGGGUAGUCCUUCGUGAUAGUCGUUGUAAUGAGGGUAUAUACGUUUGUGAGUGUCCAUAUUAAAAAAUAGUACUAACAAACACUUUAUUUGAGCAAAGCAAAUUAUAUGUUUCCCAGUAGUUUAAAUUCUGUCCAUUUUUAUCGUAUAAAGAUGGGUGUUUUUGAACUUGUAAGAUGGUUGUUGCUAAUUCAAAGAAUAACAUCUCCCAAUAGUUUCCAUUGUGCUCAUUUUUGUGGUAUAAUAUAAGGAUUCUGGUGGGAAUCGUUAAAAAUUACCAUGGAAUUAGUGUUAUGACAGUAAUUAUAGUGAUGGAGAUUGAUGAGAAUUAUUGCGACUUUGGAAUGAUUGUAAAUGAGAUAUUUGAAAGAAACUCUAAAAAGAAUUGAUUGCGUUUAUUAUAAUAAUUCUGGAAGUAUACUAUUUAAAGCACGCGUAGGAGUGUUUUAUCAGAUAUAAAACGCGAGGCACAGCCGAGCGUUUUAUAUCUGAUAAAACACGACUACAAGUGCUUUAAAUGGCUUAAAAACGACCCAUCUUCUGAUGAGUACAUUAGCGAAGUAAUUUUUAAAAUAAACUUUGUCUAAACCGAGAAAAUCAAAGCUAAAGUUGUGUAAAUUAACAUGGUUUUUUAUCAAAUAUAAAGAUACGACACGCUUAUAAUUUUUCUUUGUGUUUUGCUCCUGAAUUAUUAAUGAGUUUUUUAGUAUAAAUAUUGUUGUGGAAGUAAAUUUUAUACGAAUUUAGUGAUGAUAUUGAUAAUAAUGAACUGUUCAUUCCUAGUUGGUGACGAUAAAACGAGAGAGUGAUUGUGGGACUGAGUAAACGAUGACGUCAGGGAUAUUUAAAAAAUUAAUAGGAAAAAGAAAAUCAAUUAUGCCAGUAGACGUGACCUGUUUGAAAUCCGUGCACGAUUUCACGAAUAUAACGAAGAUAGUAAAGUUUUCUGCGUUUUUCUUCCAUUUUGCUAUAUUUUGCGCAUUCAAGUUUCUAUAUUGAGAUUAAAAAUGGUUUCCCGUCUUUUAAAUCUGCCUGUGCCAUUGCAAAGUAUUCGAGGUAAACGUCUUUGUCUUUCUUUUAGUUUUUUGCUUUCGUAAUGAAGAAUUGGCGUCACAAAAAGUGCUGCAGGUUGAUAUAAUUGAAAUUUGUGACGCGUAGUUUCCGUCUAAUGCUCGAAAUGUUGCCUGAAAAUGUUCAGCAAUAUUUAGAUAUUCCUUCGUAAAAUGACAAGGUUGAAUUAUUACCUUUUUUGACCAAAAUGCUCAGCAGUAUGGUUGCUAAACGUGGACUUAGUUUGGAUUUAGUGAUUUCGUAAUUUUCAGCAAGAUUGAAACGCAAUCAGCACGCUGAAAACAUCAUGUGCGUGAUAAGUUCAAUUCCUAUCCAGUGUUUAUAAUAUUUAUGAUAACACCAUGGUGGUUGUCGUUGUAAUGGCAGCAGAAGUGGUAAUGUGUACGAUAGUACUGUAGCUUGUGAUAGGGAAAACGCGAAUUUGGGAUUAUGUAUCAUUAUUGUGUAUUGGUAGAUAUUCCGAUUCUCACAAGCUUCUCUACACAAAACAUUAGGCUUAGUAAUCUCAUUUUCUUUAUUAGGAUCUGGAAUACAUUACGACAGCCCUACAAAUUCGUUCAUGUUAGAUUAUCUUUAUCUGAGCACAUCAAUUUACACUAACGGAUUCCUGUCCAACAAUAUGGAAGUGAAAUACAAUUUUAGCACUUUCCCCAUCAGAAGUUACUUUGCAUUCUUUCCAAACCAUCGUGAACAGACGCCGAAUACGUAUCACGACAGUAAUUACUACGAAAACCAAGGGGUUGCGGUAGAUUGGAGGAAAACGGGAAUGGUUUCAACAGAAAGAAUACCCAGUAAUUUCUUUUACCUAACAGAGGUGCAUUACGGCGGAAGUGGUUGUUAUACAUCCAGUGAUCGUUGGGUUGAGGCAAACGGAACAGCAAUUGGACUGCGAUAA